AUGCCAAAGCGAAACUCCACGUGUGUGGCUGAGUUCCUUUUUGAAGGUUUCUCCAGCUUCGGGUGGCAGCACAGGCUUGGCUUCUUUGUUGUCUUUCUAACUUUGUACCUGCUGACUCUCUCUGGCAAUGCCGUUAUUUUGACUAUUAUUCGCCUGGACCGUCAUCUUCAUACUCCCAUGUACUUUUUCCUAAGCAUGCUGUCCAUCUCUGAGACCUGCUAUACUGUGGCCAUCAUUCCCUGUAUGCCUUCUGGCCUCCUGAAUCCCCAUCAGACCAUUUCUCUCCAAGGCUGUGCCACUCAGCUCUUUUUCUAUCUAACCUUUGGUAUCAAUAACUGCUUCUUGCUCACAGCCAUGGGAUACGAUCGCUACAUGGCCAUCUGCAACCCUCUACGGUAUUCGGCCAUCAUGGGUAAAGGGGCCUGUAUCCAGUUGGCAUCUGGGUCCCUGGGAAUUGGCCUGAGUAUGGCCAUUGUCCAGGUAACGUCUGUGUUUGGCCUGCCCUUCUUUUCCUGGAAUUUAUCAAUGAAGACAGAGAACCACACAGGGGUGAGGGAAUUUAUUUUCCAGGGUUUCACCAGUUUUCAUGAACACAAGCUCACUCUCUUUGUGGUUUUCCUUACCUUGUACCUUUUAACCUUGUCUGGUAAUGUCAUCAUCGUGACAAUUAUCAGCAUUGAUCGACGCCUUCACACCCCCAUGUACUUCUUUCUUACUGUGCUUUCCACUUCAGAGACUCUGUACACAUUGGUCAUUGUACCUCGGAUGCUGUCCAGUCUCGUAGGCCUGAGCCAACCCAUCUCCUUGGCUGGCUGUGCCACCCAGAUGUUCUUUUUUAUCACUUUGGCCAUCAACAACUGCUUUCUGCUCACAGCAAUGGGAUAUGACCGCUAUGUGGCCAUCUGCAACCCCUUGAGGUACAUGACCAUCAUGAACAAGAGGGUGUGUGCCCAGCUGGUGUGGGGGGCCUGCAGCAUUGGGGUGUUAGUGGCCACAGUUCAGACUUCCUCUGUGUUCAGGCUGCCCUUUUGUUACAGAAAGGUGGCCCAUUAUUUCUGUGAUAUCCGCCCGGUUAUGAAACUCUCCUGUGUCAACACCACUAUACACGACAUAAUUAAUUUCCUUGUCAGCUCACUCGUCAUUGUGGUGCCCAUGGUUUUGGUCUUCAUCUCCUAUAUCCUCAUCAUCUCCACCAUCCUCAAGAUUGCUUCUGCCGAGGGCCGGAAGAAGGCUUUUGCAACUUGUGUCUCCCAUCUCACUGUGGUCAUUGUCCACUAUGGCUGUGCCUCUAUCGCCUACCUCAAGCCCAAGUCAGAGAACAUGAGGGAUCAGGACCAGCUGAUUUCAGUGACUUACACGGUGUUCACUCCUCUCCUUAAUCCUGUGGUGUACACUCUAAGGAACAAAGAGGUCAAAGAUGCUCUUUGCCGUGCUAUUGGCAAAAAACUUCUUGCUUAG